UGGUUGCAUUCAUGAAAUUCGAUAUUCAUGAAACAAUCUGCAUGAAAUUCGGAAUUCAUGAAAUUCAUGGGAUUCACAGGGUUCAUGAAAUUCAUGAGAUUCAUGAAAUUCGUAGAUCAAAUACCUAA